AUGGUUCUUCACUUGCCGGGCCGGGAUGAUGAUGGUGGCGGCGAUGACAUUACCCUUGCUGUUGUUCUUGCGAUGAUGAUGAUGAUGAUGAUGAUGAUGAUGAUGAUGAUGAUGGUGGUGAUGGUGAUGAUGAUGAUGAUGAUGAUGAUGAUGAUGAUGAUGAUGAUGAUGAUGAUGAUGAUGAUGAUGAUGAUGAUGAUGAUGAUGAUGAUGAUGAUGAUGAUGAUGAUGAUGAUGAUGAUGAUGAUGAUGAUGAUGAUGAUGAUGAUGAUGAUGAUGAUGCGUUACAGCGACUGUAAGAAUCAGCUUCAGCAGACCGUGGCUCUCGUAGCCUGGCGUGCACUGGUAGUUCUCUAG